UGGAGACAGCCAAAGUGAACCGCUCCCCCAACAGUCAGUAAACUGGAUCAAACGGAGACAUUACCGGGCUGCGCGGUGGGACGUUCACCGACCACGGGAUGCACGUUUUUACAACUUUUAGCCCACUAGCUCUUUGGACAGCUCCUAGGCAAACUGAGUGAACACUGUUGCUUCCAGUUUUAGCAUAGGUACAGUCAGCUAUCCAGCAAAGCAAAGCCUAAAGAUAAACCCGCUGUUUUUGUUGUUGUUGUUUUUUUACGUCGGUGUUUACGAUCGGAGGUGGUUUCCGUAAAGGUAGCCCCGUUAACUUGGUCAGCCUGUCACGUUAUCGACUAAACGCCAGGUGGUCGGUAAACGUUACUCGGUAAAGAUGGGUGAUAUAAACCCCUCGACAUCCCACGCAUUUCAUUCAGAGGGCUUCAGUCCGCCAUACAGGAGGGGGAGGACAGUCGAAGAUUUUAACAAGUUUUGCACUUUUGUCUUGGCCUAUGCUGGUUACAUCCCAUACCCCCAAGAGGACUCGCCACUGCGCAGUAGUUCCAGCCCCCCCAACAGUACAGGCAGCACAGCUGACAGUGAUGGCUGGACCCCGGGACCCUCACCCUCCUGCCCCCAGCGCCCCUCCAAGGUCCCCCAGGACAGGAGCAGGAAACGUCCACAGCCAGGGGAUACACUGUCCGGUCACACCAAGAAAGAUCACACAAUCACCACCCUGCAUCCAGACGACCGCAGGAAAGCCGAUAAGCUGAAGAAGAAGAAGAGGAGAAAGGAGAGGGAGCAUCAGGCUGGUGAGGAGAGUCAGCAGGCCCACACGACAGUCCCAGAGCCGCAGUCCCCCUUCUCCUUUGGUGGCAGAACAAUCAAAGAAGAGCCUGACGAUGAUAUCAGCAUCCCCCUUCAUCCUCAGCACCUACCUAGCCCACCCCCCUGCAAAGAGGAGCCCAAAGAGGAGCCGAAGGAGGAGCGUCGACACUGGGAUGGUCGAGACCUUGAAGAAGGGGUGGUAAAGGUACAGAAGGUGGAAGGCUUUGCAGGAAGCAGAACAGUAUUCCGCCAGGGAAAACAGGUGGUGUUCCGAGACGAAGAUGGAUCAGGAGAGGACGAGGACAUCAUGGUGGACUCAGACGACGACUCGUGGGACCUGGUGACGUGUUUCUGCAUGAAGCCUUUUGCAGGCCGGGCCAUGAUCGAGUGUAACAAGUGUAACACCUGGAUCCAUCUGUCGUGCGCCAAGAUCCGCAAGAGCCACGUGCCAGAGACAUAUGUGUGCCAGAGCUGUCGAGAUACUCACGGAACCUCAGAUGCCCGCCGCUCCCACCGCUCACGCAUAGGCCCGCGCAAACAUCUGCUAGACUGACCCCAGGCCGAACCUUGAACUCUGACCCCCUCCACUCCUGUGUCCCCCUCCACCUGCUGGACUGACCGUUCCUCAAAUUCAGGUCUUGCACCCUUCAGCAGUCUGUCCUUCAUGGUCAGCCAUGAACCUACAUUUUCUAUAAACACUUCGGUGGACCUAUCCCGAGCCUUUAUCCCAUUUGAAAUCCGUUUGAGUGCUAUUUUACAUUUACUAAGGUUUGUUUCUGCCUCCCUACAGACUCGUGCGUAAGGCAAUCACUGAAUGGAUGUCUGUCUGUAGAUGACAUUAGCAUAGCAGCAAACCGCUACUAUUGGGACUUUGUGUCUCAUGAACACUGGAAACAUUUGAACUGCCAUAUAGAGAGAAUACCUACCCUCACAACUGCCACCCACUAUGGUGCAUGCUGGGAUUUAUGGGAAAGACUGUUUGCACUUUUUCUCAUGUUUAAAAGAAGAAAAGAAAAGAAAAAAAUCCAUCUGACCUUUCUGUGAUAGGGACAGGUAUGUCUUUCUGAUUAAACUGGAUUUGAUUUCUCUAAGAUGCCUCUAUUAAUGUUACACGAUUAACCGUUUAAAAUGACAAAAAACAAGUUAAGCCUUGUCUUUAUUGCUUCAGAUGGUGCUAUAGUAUUAAG